ACGUCGCUCUUGCGUCAUCAGGCUGCGUCGCCUCCUGCGUACACAUGUGAGCAGAAGCACACUGGCGUGAGUUUAAGGUGAUGCUUGAGAAGAUGGAAGCCAAAGGUCAAAGGUCAUUAAAGGGUAAACCGAAGGGUCAUAAACGGGCCGUUCAGGGGAACAGCGGUGACGGCGGGGCGAAGAAGCAGCGGCUCGACGGCGGGACGGUCAGUUACUUUCGGCGCGUCAGCGACCGGCUGAAAGAGGGAUUCACCGAUGAGGAGGACAAAGGUGUGUUUGUGGAGAACGUGCUGUCGGAGGUGAAGGGCCGAGCGCUUCUCGUGGCCAUGGACAUGACGGGGAGUCUGGUUCUGGAGGGUUUGCUGGCGCUGGCCAGUCCGGCUCAGGUCGCAGAAGUGCUGGAGGAACUGGGAGGAGAGACGGGGUCAGAGUUCACAGCCGUGGCGUGUGAUCAGUGUGGAGGUCAUGUGAUGGAGAGCGCAGUGAGACAGGCGCACAGGUGGACAGAGGAGAAGUGUGACGUCACAGGGGCCGAAGAGGAGCAUUGUGGGCUGUUGGAGGCUCAGGUGCAGCGUUUGAGUGGAGUGGUCCGGGAGAACAUGGUGGCGUUCGCUCAGGAUCCGUACGGAUCGCAUCUGCUCCGGACACUCAUGCAGGUGCUCAGCGGAUGCCUGACCCGGGACACACCCGGCGCUCAGAAAGCCAAGAAGGACAGAAGAUGUGAGAGUGAGUUGGUGGAUUUUGAGAUUCCCACAUCGUUCUGGUGGGAGCUGAAGCAUCUGGCCGAGCAUCUGAUGGAAAACAUCAACGUGUUCGUGUCGAAUCUGACCGCCUGCGCGGCUCUCCAAACUCUGCUGACGGUGUGCCACCGGAAGAGACCCAAACUCUGCAAGAAGCUCAACAAGAGCAUCAUGGGAUACCUGACGUCACUCAGCUCGGCUCCUGGAGUCAGUCCUCUCCUGGUGUUCAUGAAGGACCCGUCCGGGAGCCAUCUCCUCCAGAAGAUCUUCAAGUUCUCCCAGAAGGCUUUGCUGCGAGACGUUUACAGGAACCACCUGAGAUCUCAGCUGAUGCCUCUGGCUCUCCAUCCCAUCGCUAACUUCCCCAUCCAGAGCCUGAUCUCAGCCUCCACACCCUUCAAACUGUUCCUGAAGAUCUUCGACGAGUUGAUGGAGGGCUUCGAGGCGAUCCUCGCGGCGGGGAACAUAGCCGUGGUGGUGCAGAUGGUGGAGAGCUGCGUUCAGUGGGAGGAGCGGCAGGGAGAACUGCUACAGCGCCUCCUGCAGGCCUUUCACUGCAGUGAACCGGCGUCUCUGCAAGUUUCUUGUCUGCCUCUGUUUCUGUCGUUCUUGACGUAUGAAGUGUAUUACAACACCGAGCCAGCAGAGGGCGACGCCGUCACACAGGCUUCUCCUCAGGCUUUCUCAGUAUGUUAUCACGGCUCUCGGCUGGUUCAAGCUCUGGCCGGGUUUAAAGAGCGAUCGGUUCUGAUGAACAGCCUUCAUGACCUCUGCCCCCGUGACCUCUUGACCUUCGCCACCGACCCCUUCGGGAGCCACGCGUUUCAGGUGCUGGUGACGCUGGCCAGCGAUAAGGGCCGGGGGAAGAUGCUGAGGAAGAUGGAGGACAUGUAUGUGGAUCUGGCGUGUUCGAUGUACGGUAGUCGUUUCCUGGAGGCCGUGUGGAACAGCGCCACCAUCAGUCAGAGACGGAGAAUAGCAGAAAGACUGGUUCCCAGUGAGUCUCAGCUUCGAUCCGAUCGGUUCGCGAGGCACAUUUGGGCCAAAUUCGGCCUGACGUCGUUCCUGAAGCGCCAGAGCGACUGGAUGGAAGCGCAGACGGGAGAGUCGAAGAAGAGGAAGAUGUUCAGGGAUAUUCUGGAGUGACGAGUUCAGACACUGUCCAUAAACUCCUGUGGAUGUUAAUCAUUCCAGCGGAGCGACCCACGCCAGCAGAGAGACGCUGGAGUCAUGAGGAAGUUUCAUAUAAUCGCUUUUGAAGAUGCAUUUUAAAUAAAAAAAAACAUCAAAACAUGCUA